AAAUGAACUACCUCCACCAGAAAAUGUAGAAGUCAUUGUUCAAAAUCAGAACUAUAUUCUUAAGUGGGAUUAUACGUAUGCAAACAUGAGCUUUCAAGUUCAGUGGCUCCCUGCCUUUUUAAAAAGGAAACCUGGAAACCAUUUGUAUAAAUGGAAACAAAUACCUGACUGUGAAAAUGUCACAACUACCCAGUGUGUCUUUCCUCAAAACACUUUCCAAAAAGGAAUUUACCUUUUCCGCGUACAAGCAUCUGAUGGAAAUAACACGUCUUUUUGGUCUGAAGAGAUAAAGUUUGAUACUGAAAUACAAGCUUCCCUGCUUCCUCCAGUCUUUAACAUUAGAUCCCUGAGUGAUUCAUUACAUAUCUCUAUCGGUGCUCCAAAAUGGUCUGAAAACAAGCCUGUGAUCCAGGAUUAUCCACUGAUUUAUGAAAUUCUUUUUUGGGAAAACACUUCAAAGGCUGAGAGAAAAAUUAUCAAGAAAAAAACUGAUGUUACUAUUCCUAAUUUGAAACCACUGACUGUAUAUUGUGUGAAAGCCAGAGCACACAGCAUGGAUGAAAAGCUGAAUAAAAGCAGUGUUUUUAGUGAUGUUGUGUGUGAGGAAACAAAAUCAGGAAAUACAUCUAAAAUUUGGCUUAUAAUUGGAAUUUUUACUGUAUUACUUGCUCUCCCGUUUGUCAUUUAUGCUGUGAAAGUCCUCUUGAGAUGCAUCAAUUAUGUCUUCUUUCCAUCACUUAAACCUUCUUCCAAUAUAGAUGAGUAUUUCUCUGAACAGUCAUUGAAGAAUCUUCUGCUUUCAACUUCUGAGGAACAAAUCGAAAAAUGUCUUAUAAUUGAAAAUAUAAGCACAAUUGCUACAGUAGAAGAAACUAAUCAGACUGAUGAGGAUCAUAAAAAAUACAGUUCCCAAACUAGCCAAGAUUCAGGAAAUUAUUCUAAUGAAGAUGAAAGUGAAAAUAAAACAAGUGAAGAACUACAGCAGGACUUUAUAUGACCAGAAAUGAACUCUGUCAAGUAUAAGGUUUUUCUGCAGGAGUUACACUGGGAUCCUGAGCUCCUUGCCUUCCUCUCAGUAACUACAAAGAGAACAUUUCCCUGUUUCGGGGAAGAAAAAACAUCUUCAGAUCAUAGGCCGUAAAAAUACAGGCAAGCACUUUACUAUUUAAAAAUGAAAUUACAGGCUCAGGCACGGUGGCUCAUGCCUGUAUCCCAGCACUUUGGGAGGCCAAGGCAGGCAGAUCAUGAGGUCAAAAGAUUGAGACCAUCCUGGCCAACAUGGUGAAACCCCAUCUCUACUAAAAGUAUAAAAAUUAGCUGGGCAUGGUGGCAUGUGCCUGUAGUCUCAGCUACUCAGGAGACUGAGGCAAGAGAAUCACUUGAACCCGGGAGGUGGAGGUUGCAGUGAGCCAAGAUAGCGCCACUGCACUCCAGCCUGGCAACAAAGUGAGACUCUCUUUAAAAAAAAAAAAGAAAGAAAAUAAAGAAAGCAAUUAUAAGAGUUGAGACAAACGUUUCCUACAUUAUUUUCCACGUGUAAAAUCUUGAAAAAGCCUGUCAUUGGACCUGCAUUGGAUGAGAUGAGUCAGAUCAAAAUGAUGGCCACCUGUCUCCCUCUUGAGAGCCUAAGUGCAACUGUGCUCGCUGUGCACUGUGGCUAAGGAUGGUGUGUGUGUUCCUGUCCGUCACUGAUGCUCCUGGUUACUGCAUGUGCCACACCUGUCUGUUCGCCAUUCCUAGCAUUCUAUUUCAUUCCUCCUCUGGAGAUAUUUCAAACAUUUGGUCUUUUAACACUGCGGUUAGGCCCUCAGGAAAUUUAUUUAGGAAAGUCUGAACACGUUAUCACCUGGUUUUCUGGAAAGUAGCUUAGCCUAGAAAAUAGCUGCAGAUGCCAGAAAGAUGAUCCCUAAAAAUGUUCAGGGACUUCUGUUCAUUUAUCCCAAGAACAUUGGCUUCUACAUCACAGUAUCUACCCUUACGUGGUUUAGGAUUAAAGCCAGGCAAUUUUUUACUACACAGUAAGACUUCUGAUUCAAAACUUACUAGAACAAUAGUUUCUGGCUGGAAUUUGCAAUCCCUGAAGUCCUAGAAAAUAAGUAACUAUCUAAUUAGAGAAAUAAUUGUUGUAUUUUAAGAUCUGAGAGUGCGUACAAGUUUUAAUAUACAUGCCAUGCCAGAAGAUAGUGUAUGCAAGAACUCUUGGGACCAGAAAAUGGCCAUGGUGGGAGACUGACACAGAAGAAGAAUGCUUCCAUAGGAAAGAGGUCGCUGGCCUUGGUGCAAGAGGAAGAAGAAUGUUCCACUGGGAGCCUGAGCGCCUAAUCAGCUCUCAGUGAUGAACCCACUCUGUUGUUAUGGGUGGUCUCUGUCACUUUGAGUACCAGGCUGGCUUCUCUGCACUGUCUAGCAGUAUUCAGAUACCCCUGCUGCUCAGCCUGCUUGGCCUUAAAAUACAAAUCAUUGAACUGAGGGGGAAAAAAAUGUAACUAGGACGAAAAACCUAAUGUAAGAAAUCACAUAAUGCUUUCCAAAGGCAUCUACAA